AUGGAAGAUUUUGACUUUCUAGACGAUGCUGAAGAAAUACUUCAGCCGCUCUGUUUUUGCACAAAUCAAGACUAUUCGCGCGUUGGUGUUGGCCAUCAGAAGGGUUAUGUGAUUUAUAAUGUUCACCGCGGCGGCUCUGGUGCUGCUCCCUCUUCGGCAAAGGAGGAGAGUUGGGAAGGACGAGGAGGAUCUCCCCCAUCAUUUUAUACCACAGUUGAAGUGAAGUUUCCCCGCCGAGAAAGCGAUUGUGCCUCACCUUACACACAUUUCCGCACGCCAAGUGCAGCCUCAGGGCCGGAUGCAGAGAUGUCAUGUGGUGUAGAAGAGAAAGUUAGGGCUUCAACUAGCGUUGGUGACAGGCGGGAAUGUGAUGUGCUUCUUAGUACAUUUGACUGCAACCCGUCAACUGGAUAUGGGGCAUUUCUUCCUGACUUUGCAGAAACUACUGCGGAUGCUUAUGGGACAUCGGGGCAACCGCCUUGGAAGUCGGAAGCAGCCGCAUGUGCGGUAGGCUCUGACUGUGCGCUUACCAACCUUCAAACUGCAGGAUUGUCGUGGGAUCAAACAACUGGGGAUGUGCUCAAGUUAACCACGCAAAAUGUGGAUUCUUCCAUCCGUCAUUCGUUGGUUGAGCCGCUCCCAGUGGAGGUUGGUGUCGGUCUCAUGGCACUCUUAUAUCGCACACAAUUUGUUGCUCUUGUCGGCGGUGGUCCAUAUCCACUUGGUGAAAGGAAUGAGGUGAAAAUUUACGUUGCUGGAGAGAUCCAGGAAGAACGGACUGUUCCAGUUCCUGAUCCAGUUGUGGUUGUACAUCUCGAUCACAAACUUAUUAUUAUUUUCACAACUGUAGAGCUGCGGUUGCACAGUUUCGAAACUGGCCAAUGUGUGUUCUCGACGCCAGCACAAACAGACGUUACCGUCAUGAAUCGUCCAUCCUUAUCUCCCUUUCAUGCUAGUGGAAACUCAUCUGCGUUCAACAACUUCGCUACUGAUAGCCUUACUGGUAAUUGCUCUAUGUCCAGCAUGAAGUCAGUCAACGAUACGGUUCUUGGGGCCACAACGUCAUCAGUGCGACCUACAGAAGGUUCAUGUGACAUUACUGCACCAUUUGCUAUUGACUUUCACAGAAAGUUUCUUGUAUUUAGUAGUUCUCUUUUCGGGUUUAGUCUCCUGCGUUAUGCCAGUGAGGACCCCCUUAGUGCUUGGAGAGGCCCCGAAAUGUUGGGCACAAAGUCUCCAGCCCAUGCAAACAGGUUGGUUUCAUUAGCUGUUUUUGUGGAUGGUGGGGCCACAGUUGACUGUGGAGGAGCUGAAUACAGAUCCGUUGGUGUGGGAAUUCGGUGUCAUGUGGCGAGUUGCAGUUCGCGGGGCACACUUAUACGUGUUUGGAGAUAUGUUGAUGAUGCUGAAGGGUCUGCCGAAGGCGGGAACAACAGUGGCACGCCACUUACAGGACACUUUGUGAUGAUUAGGGAGUUGCGAAACGUCUCCGUACCGACUCCUAUUUUUCAUAUGAUGUUUCUUGGUGAAGUAUUUCUUUUCUGUGUUGCGCACAACACUCUCAAGAUUUUCUUUGCCGGUGAGCACGAGGAGCCGAAACCCCAUGACGUGAGCACAAAGGACCCCUCCAAGGCCAUGCGAGUGCAAAACGUUCAAUCCUCUCUCCAUUCACUUCGCAGUUUUUGUAAGUUCUUCAGUUCCGAGUGGGCCGCACUUGAAUGCCCACUGCCCCUAAAAAAUGAGGUAUUUCUUCCUAAAUGGGUAGCUACAAUGCCAGAACUGUGGAGGCAUUUGAUGCGCGUUGCAGAAACUUCCUCUAAUAGAAAGCAAACUGACUCGCAAGUUGUGGGUGAAUACGGGUAUUCUUCAGAAGUAACGUUGAAUUCCGGGGAGGCGUCACGGGGGGAGAGUUUACAUCAAGACACUGGAGGUUCAAAAAGUGCCGUGAAGGCCCCAUCAACCAGUUCAUGGUUUGAAAGUAAAGGCAUAGCCGGUUACGUUUGGAGACGAGUGUCACCACUUGUAGAGACGGUAGACUUGACAGCAAGACGAUGUUUACCUACCGCUACCAGAGACUCCGCCACUUCACACAGUCAGAGCCUCGCUGGAAGUGUUGAUGACGUGGCAGAUGCUUCAUGUGCUGGUAAAUCCUUUAGGAGCGAAAAAGCGGGUGAAAGUUAUGCGAAUCGCAACUACGCAACAUCAAAGGAGCUUGCGCGUUCAUUUGUUGUUUGGUGGGAGCGGCCGGCGUACCGGCAUUUGGAUGUGGUGACACAAUCAAAGAGUUCCGUGGGAGCCGCGUGCUUAACAGGUGAGACCGGCCCUUCCGCAUGUUUUGGACAAUAUGGGUCGGGCUCUACAUUACUGCAGUGCGUGACAUGUGAUGGCGCUGCAAUGAGUAUCGAAUUUAACCCAAUUGACAAGUUACUUAAAUGCAGUGAUGUGUUUCCCGUAGGUUUCUCCAAAGGCUUGGCAUGA